GUAGUUGUCAUCCUUUGGUGCGCUGUUGGGUUUUUGGCGGUACAUCUGCGUUAUCCGCAACUGCUGGUCAUCAAUCUUUGUCAGGAUGACCAAGCUCCUGGCAGACGACGGUGCCCUAGAGAAAUUCCGAUGGAUGUGUUUUUUUGUAUUUGAUAGUUGCACAGAUGAACAUCCAGUGUCUGCAAAAGAAAUCGAGCAAUUACUGGAGUUCCUGUGUGACCUUGAAGGCCCCGAUGCUUACUGUUUUGAGUCAGAAGCUUCUAAUAAAUUGAAAACUACACUUUUGUGUGCUACUUCAGGACUGCUUAUCAAAAACGUGUCUGAACUAACACAUAUGAACAUAAAAGCUCCUGGAGCAUCAAUGGUUCGUCAACUUAUUACACUUUUGUCCGAAAAGAACAAGGAUGACGUGGAAUAUUUAUCAACAACGCUAUGCUCUUUAUUUUGUUUGGAGCCCAUACCGGUGAAUCAGUUGAAAAUAGUUGAACGACUGUGUGACUCUGACCGCGAAUUACUUAAGAAGUGGAAGGAUAUUGUACCUGAUAAGAAAGGUAGUCCUAAGGGAACUAAAUUACUAGUGAAACAUCGUGAAUCCUCGCUGGCUUAUGAGUUAUGGAAUGAAAUUACUCAGAAUACGAAACAGAUUCAAGGGAAUCCUGAUUUUUGUACCGUCAAUACGCGCAAUGAAUUUGCUAUUUGUUGUGUCCAAACUUUUUGGAGCUGUGGUGGUUGGCAGCAUGUGCUCAACAAUUUGGAUGCUAUAUCUCCUAUUUUAAUCAGUGACGAUGUAAAUAAUGUUCAUGCUCGAAUCAAGACUAUUAGCUCACUUUCACAGUUGUUCUUGAUCGCCUCACUUGAAAUCCCGUAUAUACAGUUGACAAACACCGUGCCAACAAGCGACAGUUUGUUGCUGCAUGAUAAUUUUAGACCACAGCAACAAAUGUUUGUUUCUGUCCCAGAAGAAAUUGUCACUCACUGGAUUGAAUCAAUUUCUAAGGCUAUCCAAUCUGGUUGUUUAUGGUUUGCAAAUUAUAUCUUAUAUUCAGAGUUAAGUAAUGUAUUGAAUCAAAGAGUGCUGUUGGAUGAAAUCCUAGUUGAUUUGGAUUUCCUCUAUCAACAACAUCUUGGUCGAUUAGUAUCCUGCCAGAUGAAUUCAAAAUUUUUUGAGAUAAUCAAAUCCUUAAAUUUUGGAACUGGCUUAAUGAUGCUCAACUUAUUUGCCAAAUCGUUACCUAACAUUCUACCAGCUGAUCAGUCAGAUUUAUUAUGUUUGAUUGAGUCUCUAAACAAAUGGGAUCGUCAGCUUAAUUUAGUGCCAAUUAAACCUUUGCUAUUGAAGUACUUUUCGCAGUUGUUUACAUUUAGCCUAACACUGUUGGUUUCUGGUGACUCUGAGUAUUUUAAGUAUGGGUCAGAUUUCUCCGUUACCCAGAACUCUGACAUCCUGUCGUCGUCACUGCCUUCUUUACCAUUUUUACUGUCGUCAUCUGAUGAUUUGAGUUUAUUUAAUCGAAAUAUCAAAUAUUAUUUAGAUAAAAAAUUUGAUCCAAAUGAGUUUAUUAACCAAUCAGAAAAACCCGCAUCAUUAUCGCGUUUAUUUGUUCUGUGUGGUCAUCAUCUUCAUGUUGAUUUAAUGCGCAUUCUAACAGAGAUGUUUAAUGUGAUUCAUGAACAUUCUCGAAGAUUGUCUUGUAGUAGUUAUCAACAAUAUUUGGGUAAAGACUCUUCUACAAAUCUAUAUCAUGACUUGCAGAUUGAUGAUUUUAAAUUUUUCUUGAAAUGCACAAAACAAGGUUUACACUUUCUCAAUGAUUUACUGUUGGCUCGAUCCAAUCUUCUAAAAUACCAGUUAUCAAAUGAUUCCAUGCCUAUUAAAGAAAGUUCUUCAAAAGAUAAUUUGGAAUUCAUAUCAGUUAUUGGAUUUUAUUUAUCUAAAAUGAUUAUCUAUGCUGAUGAAACAGUAAUGCACGAGUUAAUCAAUACAACAUCGUUAUCAUCUUACAGUAUGGAAUGUAGAUUCAGUAUUCUUGAUGAAGAAUUAUCACACUUAAUCUAUGCGUUUACUUCAUGUCAUGGAAUAACUGAUUGUGCAUUAAAACAUUUAGGCUAUUCGUUGAGUACCAGUAGUCAUAUUACUUCGAAAGAAUCAGAAUUUUCGAUGAAUUCAACAAUGUUAGUGAAUAACUGGCCAUUAUGGACAGAAUCACAUGUUUUCUGUUUAUUAUCUGGUCAUAUGCUUAGUAUAUUACGAGUUACAGAUUCAAUAAUUAUCUUGGAAGAUUCUAUCAAAUCCUUUUGGUCAAAUUUUUUGACAAGUAUACAAAAUAUGAUCUUAUCAACAUGGGAAUCAUCAAUAAUUAAAAAGAUCAUUGUUAUUGAACAUUGUAUGAUGGAUAUUCAUCCUAAUUUACUACAAUUUGCUUGUUUUCUUGCUGGACAAACACCGGGAUUAACAGCGAAAAAGCAAUUACUCAUUUUAUUAACUCAAUUAUUUUGUGAUUUGCAUAAAACUAUUUGGAAAAAGCAAUAUCAACACCAACAACAAUUCAUCACAGAAAGCAGUAAUGUUCACAUUUCUUCUGUGAAACAACAAAUCACGCAUGUUUAUUAUCUUUGGCUACGUUUGAUUGUUAUUUUACGCUAUAUGCUACAUUAUUUCUACAUUCCACCAAAUUACUUAUCACAUCAACUAAAACCUUGUAUGUUUUUACAACCCAAUCAAAAUAAUAGUAAACGAAAGGAAUGUAUGAUUUGGGAAUAUUCAACUAUUGCUCAAUUAUCAUCAAAAAUACACCCAUACUUUUUACCUUUACCAUUGACAGAUAAUAAAAAUAAUAUCCCUUUCUUUUAUGAUCUAUUAACUGCAGCCAGUCAAUCAUCAUCAGGCGUUGAUCAGUCAUCAAAUUUAACUCCUGUUGGGAUUAGUAGUUCUAAAAGAACUGGUACAAAUUUAAGUCUCCCGUCUCCUGAUGGAUUAGCUGUCUCAUCAUUAGCAUCACUUAAUAAUUAUCAUGACCUAUUCACCUCUCUCCUUGAUUACAUGAGUUCUCUUCUUCUGACGGAUUCAUUUAAUAAAAUGUUAACUAAUCCAUAUCCUAUUCUUACCGAAUGUUGUCAACUACCAUUGUGCACUUAUGGAUUAGCAUUACACUGGAGAUUAUUAGAAAUUCUUCCACCACCGCAAGAACUUUUAAAAGAUUUAAGUCUUUUCAUUGAUUUAUUAACGAUAAAACCAUCACAGAAGACAGUUAUCAAUCUUCAAAGUGUUUCAAAGAUAUUCUUGUCACCGUCAUAUUAUCUGUAUUUAAUAAUUUUGUUAGAUAGAAUUCAACAGAAUCCUACUCAACCAAAUUAUCAGUUUUCUUCAGGCUUUGCAACUGAUGAUAGUCUACCGCCGAAAUCGAAGUCCGAAUCAUCUACUGUAACAUCCACAAAUACUAGUGCCAUUACGACUAGUGGUAGUAAUGCUAAUUUACCUCCAGUAACCAGUAGUCGACCAUCGACGUCAUCAUCAUCAGCUUACUCUUUGUUGGAUUCGAGAGCGAAUUUGUUGAAAGAAUUGAAGCGUUUAAUUCAUGCUCAGUGUCCAAGUAAACUAUCAAAUGAUGGUGAGUCAGAAGAAGCAAAGGUUAAUGUGAUUGAAGGAGCGAUCAAUAAAUUAAUAUCCCUAGUACAUCCUAUAGCCUUAUUUUCAUUCUUAUUCGAAUGUGGUUUCCUUCAAGUGAAGUCAUAUUCAUUGGUGUUAGAUUCAAUUAAGAAGAGUUUCAAUGGAAUUACUGUUGGGCAGUUGUCUUAUUUAUGUAGCUUAUUUCAAUUUCUAAAUACUUUAACAUCACAAUUGUCAGUAUUAAAUGAUUCUAAAAGCACAAAACCAAUUAAUACUUCCAAAUCAUAUACUGACACUGUAGAACCUGUAAAACGUGCUGGUAAGCAUAGAACACGUCAUGCUGCUGGUAAAGGACGUACCAUUUGUUCCACGGAAACUACAAAACAGUCUAAUAACAAUACUGAAGCAACUACUCCAAAGGAAAAGAACAGUAUCUGUCUGUUAGAUACAGCCGUUUUGGACUCAGCUUUACAAGAUACUAUUGUGUCUUCUGUAAAUUCAACAAUUGGUAAUAACACCAAUAUAAGUGGCGAUAAAAAUCUGACAUCUAAAGAGUUAUCUGCUAUGUAUUCACAUUCGUUGCAUACUGGGCAUAAUUUGCUAAUAACAAGUUUACAGAUAAUGUAUAAAUUAUGCUAUCAUAUUCGAUCUGAACUUGGUCUACCUAAUUGGAAUGAUGUGAAUAUUAACGAAUCAUUUGUGUCAGGGCCAUCAACUAUAGAAAAUAUUGGAUCAUUAACAUUGUUGUGUCCUAAUCGUUUAAUGAAAGAGAAUUAUUUGCCGUUCAAUUGUACUUCAAAUCUCUUAGCUCGUAGGCGAUUGGCUAAUAGUCUUAGAUUAGCUACAGUUAUUUACGGUAAACAGUUUGGCCUAUUGAAUGAAGUUGCAACGAAAUGUAAUUCCAAUAAAUGUAUAGAAUUGAAUCAAUUUAAUUCAAAUUUAUCGCAAUGUUUCUAUCAAAUAUUAACAUAUCAGUAUGAAUUAACUGUUUAUCAGUUGACAACUAAAAACGAUCAUUCAUCUGAUGAUGGUAGUAUCAAAUCAUCCGAUGCCACAACCUCAACAGUAAAUGAAACAACAUCAACAACUACCAACACUACACCUGAAUUUGCUAAACAUCUAGCUAAUCGUUUGAAAUUAUUUCAAGCAUGUUGUCUGUUAAAACAUAUUUAUGAAUUGUGUACAUCAUUAGUAAAACAAUUGUUUAAUUUACAAGAGAAAAUUCGUUAUUCAAAUGAUUCUGAUUUAGAGCAUACAUUGUACAAAGAAAGUCAUUAUGGUCUACAACUCAUCGCUACUAUGCAUUAUGAUCCUAUUUUCACUGCUUUGCAUAUUGACUUGAUUUGUAAUAAUGAAGAAGUAGAGAAAAUGUCACUAUCAGUUGCACAAUAUUUAGCAUAUCUUUGUUGCAUACAUCGAACUAUGUCAACAUCUAAGUUAUCAUCACCUUGCAAAAUAAAUAGUGCUGAAUGUCAGAUGAAAAAGAUUUUAGAUUCAUGUCAGUUGAAAAAGUUGAUAAGUCGUUCGUUGGAAGACAGACUUGUUUAUAUUGUGUGUUAUAUGGCUAGAUGCCUUUCAAAUCCAAGCAAAAGUCCCCUUGAAUCUCGUGUCUGUUCAUAUGUCUGUCGUGAAGUUAUGGGAUUUCUAGAAAUUGUAUUAGGUAAUCACCGCAUCCUAAAGCAAUUUUUAUUAUCGCCAUCAUCGUCUUCAUCUAUUGAUGUGAAUAAAAAUAAUAAAAAUAUUACUUCUCACGAUUCAACUACACAAUCAAUAUUAACGAUAAUUCAAAGAACUAUCGUCAAUAAAGAACUUUUCAUGAGUUUAUUCUCAUCAUCAUCUAUGUCUUGUAUUCCACAUCAAGAUGUGUAUCUACUGAAAGGCAUACGAAUAUUAAAUGGACCUCCUUCACUUACAUACCAAAUGUCAUCCUUACGUUUGUUAUGUGUUCUUCUUAUGCGUGGUAAGCUGAUGUAAAAAUGUGAAUGUUCAACGAUCACAUCAUACUUCCAGUUAUAUUUUUUAAUUAUUAGUCUAUAUCUGUAUUUCAGAAUCCUUUUCAAACUGAGAAAAAUGCAGACAGUAUAGUGUACAAUUAAUUUAUUCUUAACUGUUUGUGACUAUUCCAUUAUUCUGUAAAAUAGAGCUUGACAAUUUCUACUUUACUAACAAGUUAUGUAUGUACACGAGGUAGAAGUUUAAAAAGAUUAAAGAUGCGUAUAUUGAUUGAUCUUG